AUGAGAGGUUAUUCUGAACGCCAAUGCCUGAUCCGGGAUCUUUUCUUGAUUAUCGUAUGGUUAGAGCACGAGGAACUGGAGGACAUGGUUGAUAGUUGGUUCCGCCACAUUCGAAUUCCGACUGAAUCCGAAAUCAUUUUCCCCAGGAGCAAGAUUCAACAACGGAUGUAUGAUCUACUCCUCAGUGAUUGGGCCAUUUUUGAUGAAGCACUUCGACUGGUUUUAUCGAACCGAUAUCUUGUUCCUCGACCGACACCGAAACUACGAGAUGAAUUUGACCUCGAACGAUUGUUCAACAUGCCCGACAUCGAAUUCCGACAGGCUUCAAGGACCUCAAAGGCCGGAUUUGUAGGAUUACUCAACAUAAUUUGCACUAAUCCGGUUUUCCAUCGGGGCGGGAUCCGUCCGCAACUUCCAAUAGCUCAUCAACUUGCACUCACGCUUGAGCGGUUGGGAUCAAAUGGUAACGGAGCAUCAGUUGGGCGGUUCUCUAGAAACUUGAGCGUGGGUCGCGGGACGGUCGUCAAAGUAUCUCGUCGGGUUAUUGAGGCAUUGAUCUCACUAGGACGGCGCCAUGUGGUUUGGCCUGACGCGGCUCGACGUGCUGAGAUAUCCGAGCGACCCGGUUAUGAUGGAGAGGUGUUCUUCGACCGGAAACGACGUUACUCAAUCAACGCCCAGAUUAUCUGCGACUGUGACAAAUAUAUCACAUCUUUCAUCACUGGAUGGCCGGGCUCAUGUGGGGAUAGCCGAGUUUACAAGAGGAUGCAGCUCCAUCUCAACCCAUCAAACUACUUUGACGAAGGCCAAUACUUGUUGGCCGACUCAGCGUAUGAGCUGAGCCAUACAGUGAUACCUGUUUACAAGGUACCUGCGGCAAAUAUCAUGAUCAACUCGCAAUUUAACUAUUGUUUGGCAAAGGCUAGGGUUCGAAACGAACAUACGAUUGGCGUCCUCAAGUCUCGAUGGAGCUCAUUGCGGGAGAUGCGUUUGCAUCUGUAUCGUCGUCAACAUAUGCGUGCAUAUGUCGCUUGGUUGUACAGUUGUAUAAUCCUUCACAACCUCCUAGCCGGUCUUGGCGAUCAGUGGGCUGAACUCGAGGACGAUGAUUCAUUAACCUAUGAUGAUGAUACUGAUGAAGAAGAUAUCGAAGAAAGUGCUGAAGAUUUCCGUGACCGCUUAACUAUUAAUUGUGUCUGCUACAACAUGUACCACCGAGGGAUUUUGCAUUAG